AUGGACCCAGCGAGUCUGUGCCACUACUCGUACAAGGCGUGCUACAACGUCCGCGACCGGAAGCGCAACGGCGACCUCCACAAGCUCUGCGCCUUCCACCGCUGCAAGGCCAACGCAUCGCACCGCAAGCACGUCCUCAAGCGGGCGUCGCUCACGCCACCAGACGACGACGACGCCUUUUACUUCGACAUGGAGACGAUCCAGAUGCUCCUAUCUCUCUAA